AUGAGCUUGCCUACUUCAGAGACCAGUCAAUCUCAGAAAUCUCAGAAAUCUUCCAAUUUUGUCGAAGACCCAUUUGUAGUCUUAGAGCAGUCUGCAUCAACACUUAGAGAACCUUCGACAGGAGGGUUCACUGAUCUUGAAUCAUCUGAUGAUGUGUGGCUUACUGUUUCUGAGAUCCCUUUAUUUACGCAACCUACUAGUGCUCCGCCACCUUCAAGACCUCCACCACCAAGACCUAUAAAAAAGAAGGUUCACGAGUCUUUAUCGAGUUCUACUAACCACUCACACGGUCCUAGCUCAGCUACAGCUUUUGCUAAUAGCCCGACAGCUUCUCAAAUGGAUGGCCUCGGUGAUUUUUCUAUGAACAGAAAUCAAACUGCUGCUAAUAGACAUCCCGAGCCUCCCUCUGGUGAAGAUCCAGAUGUAAUCUCUAAUGCGGUCGCAUCAGCUGCUGCCAUGAAGGAUGCCAUGGAUAAAGCAGAAGCGAAGUUUAGGCAUGCUAAGGAAAGAAGAGAGAAAGAAAAUCUGAAGGCAAGUAGAAGUAGAGAAGGCGAUCAAAUGGAGAAUUAUGAUUCUCGUGAAAGGGAACUUCGAGAAAAGCAAGUACGAUUGGAUCGUGAAAGGUUAGAGAGGGAGGCAGAGAUUGAAAAAGCUCAGGAACGGGAGAGAGAGGAGAAAGAAAGAGAGCAGAAAAGAAUUGAGAAAGAAAGAGAAAGACUGUUGGCUAGACAGGCGGUAGAGAGAGCUACAAGGGAAGCACGUGAAAGAGCAGCCAUGGAAGCCCAUGCGAAAGUUCAAAGAGCUGCUGUUGGGAAGGCUACUGAUGCCCGAGAACGCGCAGAAAGAGCAGCUGUUCAAAGAGCUCAUGCUGAAGCACGUGAAAGGGCAGCUGCAGGGGCUAGAGAGAAGGCUGAGAAAGCUGCAGCAGAGGCUAUACAAAGGGCGAAUGCUGAAGCGCGGGAGAAGGAAGCAAGGGUUAGGGCAGAGCGAGCUGCUGUGGAAAGGGCAGCUGCAGAAGCACGUGGAAGGGCAGCUGCCCAAGCUAAAGCUAAGCAACAAGAGAAUACUAAUGAUUUUGAAUCUUUCUUUAACUCGGUUUCCAGACCCAGCAGCGCUCCACGACAGAGAACAAACCCUCAGGACCCUUUCCAAGAUUCAUGGAACAAGGGAGGAUCUUUCGAAUCUAGCAAGGCAUCUUCACGAGUGCCUUCUGGAGCAACAGCAGAGAACCUGAGGAAGGCCUCUUCAGCGACAAACCUUGCUGAUGAUCUCAGUUCGAUAUUUGGACCUCCAUCCACCCAAUCUGGUGGGUUUCAAGAUGUUGAAGGAGAAACUGAAGAGAGACGGCGUGCCAGGCUGGAACGCCACCAGAGGACACAAGAGCGGGCUGCUAAAGCACUUGCUGAGAAGAAUGAACGUGAUCUUCAAGUACAAAGGGAACAAGCUGAAAGAAAUAGGAUCGGCGAGACCCUGGAUGCUGAGAUAAAACGAUGGGGCGCAGGGAAGGAGGGAAACUUGCGAGCUCUGCUUUCGACAUUACAAUAUGUUCUUUGGCCAGAAUGCGGUUGGCAGCCUGUGUCAUUGACAGAUUUAAUAACCGCUGCAUCUGUUAAGAAAGUUUACAGGAAGGCCACUCUUUGUAUACAUCCUGACAAGGUUCAGCAAAAAGGUGCUAAUCUCCAGCAGAAAUACAUUGCCGAGAAAGUUUUCGACAUGCUCAAGGAAGCAUGGAACAAGUUAAACUCGGAAGAACUCUUUUGA